AUGGCGGGCGGCCUUCCGCGAAGAAUAAUAAAAGUAAGUUUUUACGGCACUCUUUCCCUUCUAGAUAACAGAUACGAUGAACGUUGAUGCUUUUUUUCUAAGAUUUUGUUAAUUGUAGUCUGUUGCUCUGGCUAUGAAAUCCCAAAAAUCUGAGAAAGCCUCUUUUCGUUUCUCUGUAGGAAACGCAACGAUUAAUGUCAGAGCCAGUACCGGGAAUAACAGCUCUUCCAUCUGAAGAUAACGCUAGAUACUUUAAUGUCGUCAUAGAAGGUCCCGCCGAGGUAACUGACACUAACUAGAUCUGUUCUCUAUGAGUUUGAUUUCUAAGAAGUCGUGGUUUUUUUUAAUUCAAAUUAUCUGUGUCCUAAUGGUUAUCAUCUGUUAUUACCGAUUCCAGACCCCGUUUGAAGGAGGGAAAUUUAGGCUAGAGCUCUUUCUGCCUGAAGAGUACCCAAUGGCUGCACCCAAAGUUCGAUUUAUGACGAAAAUUUAUCAUCCCAAUGUGGAUAAACUCGGACGAAUCUGCUUGGAUAUUCUUAAAGGUACGGCACCGAUUAAAAUUUAAUGUACAUUCACGUUUCAUAUUUCCGAAAGACGCUGGUUCAAUGAAUUUAUCUGUAUUUCUGUUCGGUAGGGCUUCUGAUGUUUGAAUGACCAUCUGUAAAUCCUAAUGACUGAAAUACUUUACAAAUGAGAUUAGAGUUGAUCUUUUUUUUUUUUUAUAAUUAUCUUUAAAAUUUGGUUUCUUAUAGCUUCAGUCUUUUAUUUCCAUUUGCCUAUGAAGUUGUUAUUGUUUGAUUUCAAAAAAACAUUUAACUUGCUAAUUAAUGAUACAAAAAUAAAUAAAACAAUAAAGGAUGAACCUUUUUAACUGUUAAGAUCUGACUGCUAAUUCUCUCCUCUAGCUGCUAUAUAUUUUCCUUUCAAUUUGUUUUGAGAAUUUGGUGUUAGAUCAGGAUAACUUAAACCUGAUUAGAUUGAGUAUUCUCAUUACCAUUUUGCUGGACAAUGUAUGGAUAUGAUUGGGAGAAGUUACAUUACAAUCUUUUCUUGGAGUUCGUGUAGGUAAUAACACGAUUUCAAGUGCAAUUUGUUUGUAAUAAGCACUAGUAAAUUUUUCAAAGACAACAAAAUUUCUCAAGUUGGUAGGGCAAGUGUAAUUUGUAGUCUCUGAAAAAUUUUCAAGUGCCCAUUACACCAAAUUGAAAGAGAAAUCAGGUUAUUACUUGUUAAUAAAAGGUAUUAUAAAAUAAUUCAAAUAGUACGCACACUCUGAUUGGCCAUAAAACCAUUUUACAUGAGCGUAUGUAAACACGGUUUUUGUUCCUCUUUCAUUAGUUAUUUUAUAAAAGAAAUAUAAAAUGGUUUCCAUGUGUACAUAGCUUGAUGUAAAUACUUGGGAGGUUGGGAGAACACUUGAUAAGCUGGAAAUCACUCCGCUUCGUGUCAUGGUUUCCUACACUUAUCUCGUAUUCUCCCAAACUCCCAAGUAUUUACAUCAAGCUAUGUAAACACGGAAACCAUUUUACAUUUCUUCAUGAAAAAACAUCACAGAAAGUCAAGACAGAGAAAAUUUUCAAAGCACCCUCAUGCUAUUUGUAAUUUGCAUUUGUGUUGCAACUUUGCACUUGUGUUACAUGAAAAUGCACUCAUUGUCAGUCAAUUAGAAGCAUGUAAUUAGCUUUCUCUUGAACAGUUGCUUGAUUUUUUUUAAAUAGACAAAUGGAGUCCAGCUCUUCAGAUUCGCACAGUCUUGUUGUCCAUCCAAGCUCUUCUUAGUGCCCCAAACCCUGAUGAUCCUUUGGCUAAUGAUGUUGCAGAGAAGUGGAAAUUAAAUGAAAGUGAAGCUCUCGUCACUGGUAAGUGUAUCAGUAAUGUCAUUUGUGUCAGAUUUAGUAUCUAACAUUGAUCAGCAUAGUGUUUCAAAUGACCCCGUUUGUCUUGCACAGUUUAGCCCUCUGAUGCAAUUCCAAGUUAAGAGAAUUUGGUGUUAGAUCAAGAUAACCUUAACCUGAUAAGCUUGAAUCUUCUCAUUGCCUGUUUGUUGGAUAAUGUAUAGUUAUUAUUGGGAGAAGUUACAUGUUAAUCACUCCUGGGAGUUAAAGGCAAACAAUUUUUAGUGUAUUCUCUACGAGUGACCACAACCUCUUUGAACACUGUUAAAUUUUUCACUCACAGCAGAGACCAAUUUGAAUAAUUUAUCUUACAAUAUAAAUACCUUGUCAAGCAGAAAGACCAAAAAGAGAAGGCAAAAGAUGAAUUUUAUGAUAUGCAUGCAGCUUAAAAGAACAGCCAAUUCUGAGCACCACAAUUAUACGAAAUAUAUGACAUGCCGUAAGGAGAAAUGUUAGUGAAAACAUGGAAGUGAAAGAGUUAGCACUGAAUGAAUAGUGUAUUUGCUUUCCCCUUCCCAUGAUCCCAACAGGCCUUCCUUGUCCUCCCAUGAGUCUUACCCUUUAGAACUAUACUGAAAAGGUUUAUUUUUAUAAUUUUAUUGCAGCCAGGGAGUGGACAAGAACCUAUGCUAUACAAAAUUAGAGCUAGAAUGUACAUGUCUGUUGGAUGUUCAUGUUAUCUGUGGGUUGUUACUGAACCCUGUGCGAAGCUUAUAUGGCAGUUUGCACCAGAAUGGUGCUUGUUCUUUCAAGAGUAGUUCCAACCUUUUCUUUUUUUGUAUAAAAAUUCAUCCUUAGUCAUAAGAUAAAGUCUGGUCAUGCAUUUUAAAUUGUAGAUCCAAAGCUGAAGAUACAAAAGUCCAGUUUCCAAUUGCUGCUUUUAACUUGGCAUUGUUCCCUUAGAAAUUGAUCUGUGAAAUGAUCCACUAGAGGACAUUUAUUGCAGCAAUUCAUUGCAGCAACAUGUUGCAGUUUCUGCAGUGUUGUUGCACAUCAUUUUUGUUGCAGUAAAAGUUGUCUUAUGUUAUCUACCAAACACAGCCUGAGCAAAAAUCAUCCUUAAAAGGUCUCAUCUUUGUAAUAUGUAUUCAACAAGCAGAUUCAAUGUUGUCUUGCACCUGUGCUGAAGUAGAUCACAGAUGAUGUCAAAAUAUGGAAAAACAAAAACGUUGUUUGCGAGACACAGCUGAAUAUGUCACUGAUGUUCUUACCACAUUUUGACCUCCAGUGAUUCAUAACUGAAAAGAUCCACGGCAACAUGGGAUCUCUUUGUUUUAUGUAAUAAAGAAGGAAAAUGUUGAUAGUAAUUUCAUCUGUGUGGCCUCUAUUAAACAGUAGAAACCAAUCAAAAUAUGUUUAUGAUUUAGCUUAUAUAAGGCUGUGUUGACAAGAAUAACCACUGUGGGCCAUUUCUUUAUCACCUCAACUGCCGUCAUUCUCAGUUGAAUACCACUCAGACCUUUGACUCCUUAGACUCAUCAAUUUUCCAUGCAUUGAAAGUCAUGGAAUCUUUUUUACUGAAAAUGAUGUUUUUGAGAACAAUGCGACGAUAAAAAUUCUUCAUUUUAUAAUCGUUUUCAUAUCACGUUGGAAUUGAUUUUACGACUGUAAUGUAUGGAAAACAGCAAAUUGCGAAAAUUGGUUCUGGAAUGAGUCAUGCAUGACGUGGAAGUUUUUAUUUCAAAAGGCAACAAACUCAAGUCAUUUUGGAGUGUGAAAAGUGUGUUCAUGUUUUUUUCAAAGGUCCUAGAGUAGCAACACUUAAAAAAAUAAACUGACUGAAGUGGAUCC